AUUGUCCAGGGAAGCAGCGUAAUUGCAGAUUGGGCCAGCCACAGCCUACAGUGUCACCUUGGAGACCAGCUGGCAAAUCCAGGCCUCCCACAAAAGGGGGGCCAAGGCAGCCGUGCGUGUAAACAGGUAAAACGAGAUGGAUAAGGAAGCUUUGCAGUGAGGCUGCGGCCCAUUAUCACCUGAACUUGUUGCUUGAGCCUGGAGGCACAACACUAUCCCAGCCUCUGUAACACCUUCCAGUCCUGAGUGGAAAACCCUCAGGUUCAGAAAAACAUUGCAGAUGGGCACAGCAAGGCAUGACCGAGAGUUGGCAAACGUUGCAAAAAGAAGCCUGCCCAAAAUCACUAACUCUUUAGAAAGACUUCGCAUGCAGUGUUUAGCAAGGGGAUCUGCUGGCAUCAAAGGACUUGGCAAAGCAUUUAGGAUUCUUGAUGGUAACAAUAGCAGAAGUCUUGAUUUCAAUGAGUUUCUGAGAGGACUACGUCAUUAUGCUGUGCUGAUCAAUAAGGAAGAAGCACAAGAGCUUUUCCAGAUAUUUGAUAAAGACGGCAGUGGAAAAAUUGAUUUGGAUGAAUUUCUUGUUACACUGAGACCUCCCAUGUCCAAUGCAAGAAAAGAGAUUGUCAUGCAGGCAUUUCAGAAGUUAGACAAGACUGGAGAUGGUGUCAUAACAAUUGAAGACUUACGCAAGACUUAUAAUGCAAAAUGUCAUCCCAAAUACCUAAAUGGAGACUGGACAGAAGAUCAAGUUUUUAGAGCCUUUUUGGAUAAUUUUGAUUCACCCUAUGACAAAGAUGGGAAAGUCACAACAGAAGAAUUCAUGAACUACUAUGCCGGAGUCAGUGCUUCAGUAGACACAGAUAUCUACUUCAUCAUCAUGAUGAAGAAUGUUUGGAAACUCUAAUUGUAUACUUAAAGAAGCAAGACUUUUCCUUCACCUUUUAUAGGCUCCUCUAACAAAGCGUACAUACAGCAA